GCUCAGAGAGGGGAAGCAGGCAAAACGUAGCAGCUUCGGAUGGGAAACAUAGUCAGACUCGGCAAAGGCAUGGAAUUCAGCAAUGAAACUCCAAAGGGCAAACAGAGGGAUCUAAAUCCAAAGGCUGCAGGAAUGCUUUAAAACUCUCUUGUAACCUUGCUUUGUUGAAAGGGUCUUUAUUUUCCAUUUCAAGUGACGUGACACAGGGACAAUCCAUCUCUUAGGGCAGCCCGUCUGAAGUGGAUCAUGCCCCCUAGAUAGCAGCCUCAUCCUCCUCUCCACUCCCCCUCCCUGCCCCUUGGCCCCUUCCUCCACCUUCCUGGUCCACCACCAUCACUGCCACCUGUGUCACCGCAGCCGCCAUGCCGCCCAGGAAGAGGACGCGGCCGGGCCUGGGCUUCUUGUGCUGCUUUGGCAGCAGCGAGCCCCCGGAGAUUAACCUGAAGGACAGCGUGCCCCUGCAGCUGCUGGAGUUCAGCGCCCCCAUGCCGCCUGCUGAGGAGCUGCAUGCACGUUUCUCCGAACUAGUGGAUGAACUGGACUUGACGGACAAGAACAGGGAGGCCAUGUUCGCUCUGCCCGAUGAGAAGAAAUGGCAGAUCUACUGCAGCAAGAAGAAGGAGCAAGAGGACCCCAACAAGCUGGCCACCAGCUGGCCUGACUACUACAUCGACCGCAUCAACUCCAUGGCUGCUAUGCAGACCCUGUUUGCCUUUGAUGAGGAGGAAAUGGAAAUGAGGAACAAGGUGGUGGAAGAUCUGAAGACGGCGCUUCGGACACAGCCAAUGAGGUUCGUCACGCGUUUCAUCGAGCUCGAUGGCCUUACCUGCCUCCUCAACUUCCUGCGCAGCAUGGACUAUGAGACGUCAGAGAGCCGCGUCCACACCUCCGUCAUCGGCUGCAUCAAGGCCCUGAUGAACAACUCGCAGGGCCGCGCACACGUCCUCGCCCACCCUCAGAGCAUCAACACCAUCUCCCAGAGCCUACGGACAGAGAACAUCAAGACCAAAGUGGCAGUGCUGGAGAUUCUCGGGGCAGUGUGUCUGGUGCCUGACGGACACAAAAAGGUGCUGCAGGCCAUGGCGCACUACCAGAAAUACGCUGCGGAGAGGACACGCUUUCAGACGCUGCUGAAUGAGCUGGACAAGAGUACAGGCCGCUACAGAGACGAGGUCAACUUAAAGACUGCCAUCAUGUCCUUUAUCAACGCCGUGCUCAACGCUGGAGCUGGGGAGGACAACCUUGAAUUCCGCCUCCAUCUAAGGUACGAGUUCCUGAUGUUGGGCAUUCAGCCGGUCAUCGACAAGCUCCGAGAGCACGAGAACGCCACUCUGGAUAGGCAUUUGGACUUCUUUGAGAUGGUGCGGAACGAGGAUGACUCUGAGUUGGCCAAAAGAUUUGACAUGACCCAUGUAGACACUAAGAGUGCCGGUGCCAUGUUUGAGCUGAUCAAGAAGAAGCUGAGCCACACAGACGCCUACCCCAACCUCCUCUCCAUCCUCCAGCACUGCCUGCAGAUGCCCUAUAAACGUGGUGGCGGCAGUCUGCAGCACUGGCAGCUCUUAGACAGAAUCCUCCAGCAGAUAGUCCUACAGGACGAUAAGGGAGAGGACCCUGACAUCGCCCCUCUGGACAACUUCAGUGUUAAGAACAUCAUUCGCAUGUUGGUCAAUGAAAAUGAGGUGAAACAGUGGCGAGACCAGGCAGAGAAGUUCAGGAAAGAGCAUGUAGAGCUGCUAGCUAAACUAGAGAGGAAGGAGCGUGAGUGUGAAACCAAGACCCAGGAAAAGGAUGAUAUGAUGAAGACUUUGAACAAGAUGAAGGACAAACUCCAGCGUGAGGGGGUGGAGCUGCGUUCAGCCAGGGAGCAAGUCCUGGACCUGUCCUCGCGCAUCAAUGACAUAUCUGGUGUCGGUGUGUCUUUCCCACCUCCACCUCCUCCUCCUGGCGGCCCCGCGGCCCCACCCCCACCACCUAUGAUGGGUGGCUUCCCUCCACCUCCUCCUCCGCUGCCAUUCAGCUGCCCGCCUCCACCACCACCUCCCCCACCACCUGGAGCGCCACCUCCUCCACCUGGAGCCCCACCCAUUUUUGGAGCCCCGCCUCCUCCUAUUCCCUCCUCAUUCAACUCGGCGACCACCAUGCGCUCCAAAUCCAUCCCUCAGCCGUCUCAUCCUCUGAAGUCCUUCAACUGGGCCAAACUAGGAGAGAAUGUGAUCAACGGCACCAUCUGGAACGACAUCGAUGACCUGAGAGCUUUCAAGAUUCUUGACCUCAAGGACAUAGAGAAGAUGUUUUCAGCCUAUCAGAGACAACAGGACCUGCUCACUAACCAAUCCUUCAAACAGAAAGAGACGGGCUCUAUGGACGACAUAUACGUCAGCACGCGGAAGGUCAAAGAGCUGUCAGUCAUUGACGGUAGACGUGCACAGAACUGUGUCAUCCUGCUUUCAAAGUUAAAAAUGAGCAAUGAAGAGAUCAAGAGGGCGAUCCUCGAGAUGGAUGAGCGGGAAGAGCUAGCCAAAGAUAUGCUGGAGCAGCUGCUGAAGUUUGUCCCAGAGAAAAGUGACAUUGAUCUCCUGGAGGAGCACAAACACGAGCUGGAGCGGAUGGCCCGGGCUGAUCGCUUCCUCUUUGAAAUGAGCAGAAUCGACCACUACCAGCAGAGACUGCAGGCUCUGUUCUUUAAGAAGAAGUUUGCAGAGCGUCUAGCCGAAACCAAGCCUAAAGUUGAAGCCAUCCUCAAUGCGUCCAAGGAGGUGGUCCGCAGCAAGAGGCUGACUCAGAUCCUGGAGGUGGUGCUGGCCUUCGGCAACUUCAUGAACAAGGGCCAGAGAGGCAACGCCUACGGUUUUAAGGUCUCCAGCCUCAACAAGAUUGCUGACACAAAGUCCAGCAUAGACAGGAACAUCACCAUGCUGCACUACCUGAUCAUGAUCGUUGAGAAGAACUACAAUGACACACUGCACGUCCAGGACGACCUUUGCAGUGUACCAGAGGCUGCCAAAGUCAAUUUGUCGGAGUUGGAAAAAGAGGUGCACAGUAUCAAAAGUGGACUGAAGGCUCUAGAGGCGGAGCUGCACUACCAGCAGAGCAGGACGAGGGAACGUGGGGACAAGUUUGUGGCUGUGAUCGGUGACUUCAUCACGGUGGCUGGCUUCAGCUUCUCUGAACUGGAAGACCAGCUGAGUGAGGCCAAGGACAAGUUUACCAAAUCUCUGAAGUUUUUUGGGGAGGAGGAAGGGAGGAUGCAGCCCGAUGAGUUCUUCGGGAUCUUCGACACCUUCCUCCAGUCAUUCAGCGAAGCAAGGCAAGACCUGGAGAACAUGCAGCGUCGCAAAGAUGAGGAGGAGAGAAGGGCACGGAUGGAGGCCAUGCUCAAGGAGCAGAGGGAACGUGAACGGCGGGCCAAGAAGAGCGGGGCCUCAGAUGAGGUCAGCGGGGAGUUUGACGACCUGGUGUCUGCACUUCGCUCCGGCGAGGUCUUCGACAAGGACCUGAACAAAUUCAAGCGCAACCGCAAGCGCUCUGUCAACCAGCUAGUGGAGGGUGGGGGUCGCGAACGUGCUGUCACCAAGGUCAACUACUAGGUCAGGAAAAGGAAGGAAAAAAAUAACACUAGACACUUAAAUUCUGCCAUGGUGUAGAUCUCUUAACACCUUUAGUCCAGGUCCUUGGGCAGUGACCAUUGGCAUUGGAGAGGGUGUAAAUAACGGCUGGACUGGGCACUUAGCCACACAUGCAGACAGCCACGCCGUUUUGAAGGAUUCAGCACUCUCCUCUGAUUGGUCUUGUAAAGCUAUUCCCAACCUGUCUGUCCUGGGCGUUGUAUGAUCUCCCAAGCAAGGCGAAGGGACAGAUGGGAUCUAUAGAUGGACGGACAGACCACUGUGACACAUUAUCCCAUAUCUUUUGACCAUAUCCUUUUAACACUGUGCUCAAGCUUCCAGUUCUCUAUCACCCCAUGUUUUUCACUACUCCUUUUUUCCCCCUCACUAUCCCUCUGUAAGGUGCUGGAGCAGUCCUAUUUUUUUGGUAUCUGGCUCUAAAACACACAGGACUUUGGGAUCAACCAGUCACACUGUACAUAGAUUCACAGCCAAGAGAAAGGAAUGGAAAAAGGACUUAAAAAAAACUGAAGAAGGUCAGAUGGGGGGGACUAAGCCAUAACCUGCACUGUCAUGGUUGCUUCAAGUGUCCCCCAGAAAAUAGACUUUUCAGCCACAGAAAGGAUCCAUGAACUUCCUCUACUGGAAAGAGGAGGGUGCAGUCAGCAACUCCUAGAAUGCUUUGUAGGCCUCCGACAGAGUGAGGAAGGAUACACGACACAGGGGUUAUCGCUUCAUCCCAAUAGCCUCCUCCAGCGCAAAGCAUUCCCAGGAAGGACUUAGUUGUACUUUCACAGGAUACAACACUUCUCAAGGAAACUUCUCAGUUUGAUCCACCCGACAAAAUGAUGACUGUGCCACAGGGGGUCAAGCUUCACCUCCACUCUUCGAUGGUUACAACAUUGUUCUGGCAUCAAGCAGUGCCAAAGCAAAGAGAAAACAAAAUGUAAAUGUAUUAAUACAAAACAUACUGCAAUUAGGCGUUGAUAUAUAUUUAUAUUUAGAUGCAGACAAGCUAAUUGCAAAGAUGUAGAGGUUUCUUUUUUUAUGUUUUCAUGGCAUUUUGGGGUUUUGUACACGCAAUGCAUUAUAUGUUGGUGUUGCAAGUUCACAUUGCUGUUGAAGUGAAUUUCUAUACAUUUUGCGCUUUAUGUAAAAAAAAAAGAAGAUUGCUUGUCUUUUUCACACCCGUAUGUCUUGUUUGCACUGUAGCUUUUCUGACCAACUUUACACUCCACAAGCCGAUCGACCGUGUCCUCUGGAAAAGAGUCCUCUCUGUACGAAAAUGACCAUUAUCAAUAACAAAGAUAAUAGAGGAAUGCCAUAGAUGAAUUUCAAUCUGCAGUUAGUGUAUGGUGCUCUCCAUAUUCACCCACAGUAUCUGUGUGAUCUGUUCCACUGGUGCUAAAACAUGUGGUCCCAAGACGGAGCCAUGAGUCCAGCUGAGGUUUUCUCGCAGUAAAAACUAGCACUUGAUUCAUCUGUUACCAAGGUUCAGUCUCAUCAUUUAGAAUUUCUGUGAGUUUGUAUUUCAGUUGGCAUUGUAAUAUUAGACUGCAGCAUGUGAUGAGUCUGUUAUUCUUAAGCUGGGAUACAACAAAGCACGUCAAUGGUGUUGAAAUUUAAAUAUAUUUUUUCAAAUGGAGUUCUACAAACAGUCUCAGAGAGCACCAGAGAAAACUUCCAUCUUCCGGCAUCUCUCAAAUGUUUAAGACAUGACUAGACCCUGUUACUAGGUUGCCAAACCAGAGUCAGAUCCAUGUACUGAAGCCAACCCAGGUCAUUUUUCUUUUAACUUUUUGAAAUAUUCAAUGAAGUAUAUAUUUUUUAUUUUUAUAAAUGCAUUUCUAAAACCUUAGCGGUAGGCAUGACAAAGGCUGCAGUGUAAAGUGUGGGCUCGCCUCAGUACAGCAUUUAGAUGAAGAUGCACAUAAGGUGCAGGGUGUAGGGAAGAAGUGUGCCCACAGAGAGAGCUCUAAAUUUGGGUGAAGAGCCACUCCUGGUCAACUCUUGAGGAGAUUAGGAAGAAAAUUUAGUGAGAAAUCAUUACAAAUAAGAGUUAAAUGCCACAUGUGAACAAACAUCUUUAUGUAAGCAGGUAGAGGGAAACAUACACAUAGAAUCCUUAUGAAAUAUCCAGGUAAUUAUCCAUUUUUGCUCCUAGAUAACUCAUUUGAAUCAUUCCAUCUGCAUUACAUGGUUACUAUAAAACAGUAUACAGCCUCAUGUGAGCUGUCCAGAAGGAAGAAUGGUCAUUUUUCUUUGCAAAUUAACAAAUGGACACAUCCUAUGUGAAGUCUUCCUCUGUUAACACAUGAAUGUUUUAGGUAAGGCUUCACUUUUUUCAGCAUGCACCUCUAUUAUGUUGAGUUUGAUAGGCCAAAGGAUUUGGACGACAGCCAAAUCAGCCAAAAGUAUCUUUCCCCAUUUCACAUUUUAUUAUAGACGUUUCUCCCUGGCACCUGACUCUGUAAGCACUUAGUGAUUUAUCAGUAAUCUUUCACAACACAAGUGAAAAUACCUGUCUAAUGUCCUAAUGUCCAAUUAUUAAACAUUUUAGUUAAUUUAUAGUGCUUCUGAACAACUAGAACCAUCACUUAACUCCCACUACUGUUUGAAAUUACUACAGUGGUAAUGGUCCUUGUUCCUUCACUUUUCCAGCUUUUCUGUUUUGUUUCAUUUUUACCUUAUAGUUCCUCUGUACCUGAUUUCACACAUUUACCAUUCCUAUUACAAAUGCUUGUGGCUUUCCUAGAAAUGUACAGUGUUUGCUCAUGAAAAACAGCCGAAGGUUCGAAUUGUACUAUUUGGCGCCAUCUUGUGGCUUCAGAUGGUACACUUUUGUAUUGCGCCUGAAUUCACAAGCAGUUAAAAGCAGCCUUCCAAAGUGUUAAAGGGACAGCUCAUUUCAAGAAAGAAAAAUACAUUUACUUAUUUUUUUACUUUUACCUGUAGUGUUAGUGUUUUGGAUGUUGGCCAAAAAGAUGUCUGCCUUCUCUCCACUAUAAUAAAACUAGAUAGUACUCAGAUUGUGGUGCUUCCUUCUGCACAAUGUUAGGAGUGGGGGGUGUAAUCUGGUAGAAAGAAAAUAGCAUCUACAUGAAACUGCUUCCAACAAGCUCAGUGGGUUAUCUACAGUACCCUAGUCAUGAUUUCUGGAAAAAAAACACCACUGUUGAGUUUUUCAAAUAUAUUUUUAUGCUCUUUGAGCACCACAACCCGAGGGCUAUCUAGUUUCAUUAAAUUGAAGAGGUGAGAGGCUUUUCUACAGCUGAUAUCUCCAUCAAUAUGCAUCUCACACCUAAACACUCUAGAAUGAUAAGUAACACUACAGGUAAAAGGCAAAAUAGAUAUUUUUGAUUUUAGGGUGAACUGUCCCUUUAACAUCAUGUGACUCUUGACCCAAGCUCUGCACAGUUACUCACCAAAGUCUCCAAAAGUGAGAGGUUUGACCUGUACAGAAAAAAAUCCUUUUCACGCAAACCUGUAAUUUAUCUAGAAUAUUUCACCUCAUCCUACCAGUCCUGGGGGUUUAGUCCUUAAGUUUUUGCUUAAACUGAAGCAAGGAGAAGCUGAUGUGGAGUUAAUAAGACAAUAUAAGUGCAGAGAGGAUCCUUGAGUUCCCAUGUCUGACACUUUAGACAUUAACCGGUAAACCAAAAUGAUUCAAACUUUCAGACAGUUUGAAAAACUUUGGAAAAGUUCCAAAUCCUAAGGGGGAAAUGACAUAUGAUUGCGUAUUGUUUAACCAGCAUCUCAUGUAUAUUUGAGCUAUUUGAUUUCCUAACCUCUGCUCCUUUGUCUUUGAGAUAAUCAGAUUUAGUAGAUCAGACUUUGGCAGACCCUUUAAACUCUUAAUCCAGAGCUUUAACCCGUAUCGUAGUGCAGACUAUUUACUGAAGGGGGUAUUGCAACAUUGUCAGUAUUAUUUCAUGUUUAUGUUGUUACAUGUUUGGAUGUUUAUUUGGCCAUUGACUGGCUGAUUUUGGAGUGUACAGAUGGAAAUCAGAGGAAUGAAAUUAGUAGCUUGUUCAAUGCACUUUUAUUAUGGGACAUUUCCAUUUGCAGCACCAUUUUUUGGGGGCUUAGAUCCCUUUAGAAAAGAGAUGGGUGCAACGAAAGAGUGGUGCAAAAAAAAAAAAAAACAGUGUGAAGAAAGAGAGAAUGAGGGCAAGUGAGUUUAGGACUCCGGCUGGGCCGCUUGAAACACAAUACCAGUUUGUUGGAUGGCAGAGAUGGGAUUUACAGGGAUGCAGACACUAAGAGGGGACACUUGUACGUAACAGGAGUGUACUGAGUUUUAAACCCUCACCUGUCUGUGUCAUCUGUUUUGCUGUGUAAAAGAAAAAAAGCAAGGGGGGGUUACUCACACCGCCACAUUUCUGUCAAAUCACACACUUGGCGUCAACCUGCAUGCCUAAAAAAAGGGUGCACAAAGUGUGAUGUGUUGACUUUAACUGAAAAUUGCUUGCAACAUGGAACACGCCUGUUACACAACAAUUUGUACUGCCUGAGAAAAGUUGCACCCAGUUUUAGAGGUUGUAUAAUUGUGAGGAGUCAGUAUUUUUAUGGUUGGAAAAGAAAUAUCCUCCACCGAAAGAUGUACAGUUGGAAACAAAAAGGAUUUUGUACACCAUUCUUGAUGUUUGAGAUAAGAUUACAGAAAAAAGAUUAAAACAUUGAGGAAUGUUCCAUUUUCCUGUAAAUUGUACCUCUAUUUAUUUGCCUUAUUUAGUUUGCUAUAUUUUGUAUGUACACACAGCAUUACAACAAAAUGUUAUAUUAAAAAUAUGAAUAUGAAUAAUUAAACUGUGGUCCGUGUAUGAUGGAUAGUUUUGAGACUUGUAUGAGAAUGAUUUUUUUCUUUCAUUUCUAUAAUUUUAUUUUUUGUUUUGUAUUUUUUUCUCACCCUGUGUCUUUUGUAGGGUUCAAUAAACUUUUGUCCCUUA